AUGGCGGUCGAAAGUUUCAAUUCCAACAACGCAAACUCGACUUCAAUCGACAUGCAAUUGCUAACACAAAUCUCUGUGAAAAACACAAAUUUUGGGCACUUCAAGUAUGAUAACAGUACACUUACUAUCUUAUACAAUGGCAUGCCUGUUGGAGAGGCUGUGAUACCCCGGGGACGUGCCAAAGCCCGAAAAACGCAGAAAUUUAACAUUUCAGUUGGUGUAAGUUCGGAUAGGCUUUCUGGGAAUACAAAUCUUGGAAAUGAUAUGAAUUCUGAGGUUAUAAGGUUGAGUAGCCAUGCAAAGUUGAGUGGGAAGGUGCAUUUGAUGAAGGUGAUUAAGAAGAAGAAAUCUGGUGAAAUGAACUGUGAUUGGACGAUCAAUUUAGCAACUAGACAGGUUCAGGAUUUGAAGUGCAAGUGA